UCUCUCGUGCUCCAGAACUGGGAAGCCGAUGAUUCACGUUUUCACUGGAGACAGGUUGACAGAUUUCCACAGGGUUGGCGAUGAUCAAGGCCUUCCGAAUCCGGGCCCGAAAAUUAACGUCAAUCGCUCGGAUGCAUGGAGUCAUGUGGUGCUGCCCGACAAUCGCGUCGUAGCCCUUCUUGCAUCAGACACUGGAAUCUACGGCUUCGCUUUGGAUUCAACAUCACACAUCAAACCCUACUUCCACUACACUUUGGCAAAUUCAACUUUUACUCAGUUCAGCAGACUGACCCCCAUUGUUGUCGGAAACCGGGCAUUUCUGGCCUUGACAGGUGGAAUUCCAGCGAUAUCAGGCAACAAUAAUGACAAUGUCUACGACUUGGGAACGAUUCCGGAAGUUCCUGCAUGGGAGACCACGACAACCCACGAAGACAAGGUGAAACAGUGCCUUGGGAAUCUAGAAACGCUUUUGGCUGAGAAGAUGGAAGUGUUAUCCCGAGUCCGGGAAAACCUCAAGUCCUGCAUUCCUGUCGAUGGAUCCCGAGGGCUCACUUACACCAAUCUCCGCAUCAACGGCAAUCUCAACAUUGGCGAUGCGAAAAUACGAGAAAUCUCGGCACUACCCGGCGAAGAAUUCAUGCGUUCGGAGAACAAAUUGAGAAGCACCGUGUCGAAACUCAAGAAGAUGGUGGGAAGCAUGGAAGAGAGCGUAAACAACCUUGUCUUGAUGCAGAAGAAAAAAUCAGACGAUGCGCAGAAAAUCAUCAGUUUCAAGACCCUGACGAUGGUCGCAAAUCAAAACACCACCGUGCUCGGAAAGAACAUCGGGGAAUUAAUUGAGAAUGGCGUCACUUCCUCCAACGAGCAAGUCAUCUCGGGAAAUUGGAGAGUGACAAACUGUCAGAUAAACGGUCUUCAAACUUCGAAGAUCAACAACGUGCCGACCGAAGAUAUCGUAGUAGCCAACGAGCCAACGGAGUUCAAGGGUAAAAUGACGUUCGCCAACAACGUUCACUUCAACGACACUGUGACUCUGAAGGAAAACUGCACGCUGAACAAAAUGUCCGUUCGGAAUAUUUGUAAUCGAAAUGAAAGGACAAGUUUCCAGUCCUUGACGAUCGGAGUUUUGCAGGCUGGUCGCAUCACUGCCAAAGGACGGGUCAACGGCGUCGAGAAUAUUGCUGAUCACUUGAGAACCUUUUUGAACAAGGAUGAUCCCCAGCAAUUUUCCACGUCACCAAUCACUCUGAACAAAGUGACGGUCGAAAAAGGAAAUAUCAAGGUCAGAACGAUCAAUGGAAUCGAUGCGCAAGAAUUGAACAAGAUUGCUCAAGUUGAAAACGGCGUCCUGAAAAUCAACGGUGAUGUGCAUAUUUCCGGAAAAUUGCAAGCGAAAAAUACGACAGUCAGGGGCGAAAGGAAGAUGAAUGCUACGGAAGAUGUAACCGUUUUCAACGGCGACGUGAUCGUGAAGAACUUAUUCAGCGCCAAAGUCGUUAAUACUGAUACCAUCAACGGGAUCCUCUGCUCCAAGAUCGUGGAUACUUCUCAGAACAACAUUACGUUCAAAACGAUGCCCGUGUUCCGCAAUCUCAACAUUGACCAAUUGGUCAUGCCGCCGAAAAAAACUAUCGAUUCGUUGGACCUCAGCAGCGACUUGACUCUGUCUCCAACAUCCAUGGAGUCACUCGUCAUCACUGAAGACACAACUGUGCAAAAUUUGGAGGUGAAAAACGUCUUGGGAAUCAAGCGCUACAAUGGAAACGAUUUCGAUGAGCAGCUGAAGGCCUGCGCUCGCUUCGAUGUCCAAAAUUUGAAUUUUCACGAAAUCAAGGCCGAGAAGGUUGUUUUCAAGACAAGCGUCGAGGUGGACAAAUUCAACAACGUUUCUCUGGAGAAUUACGUGAAACUUCAUUCGGACCAAGUCCAAUUCAUACAGCGGCCCAUGGUGUUCAGUCACGCGACAUUCCUUUCCCUCGACCCCCAAGGACAAUUUCACAGCGGAGAAGAAUGCAACGUCUUGAACGCUCUCUCCGACGCUGUGCUCGUCAGCCCCGACAUCCCCAACAUCGAUGUGAAUGGGACCAAGACAAUCAGGAUGCUGCAAACCAACGAUGCGGACUUCGAGACGCUCAAUAACUACGAUGCCAGGAAACUCUUUGGGUCUGACAAAGAGUAUGAUUAUCGCUCACCGAUUCGAUUCAGUGAUGAAUUGGUUCUGCGAGGAGAUGCUUGGAUCUUCGAAAACUUCACUGCUGAGUCUUACAAUGACGUGAAAAUCAAAGAAGCUUUCGAAAAUGCGGUUUACGUGACUCCUUCCACCGAUGGAAAGCCUCUGGAAUUUUGCGGCAAUGUAACCUUUGGAGAGUUGAAUGCUAAUGCCGUGAAUGUGGAUUGGAUCGACGGACACAUCAAUGUUGCGAAAACUCUCCAGAACGGAAUCGAGUGCGACACGGAUAGAAACUCUGUUCAGCAUAUCGAAGCCCAACAUGCAACAGUGAAAGGCUGGUUGACUUGCGAAAACCUCAACAAUGUCUCCCUUACGCACUUCAUGAAGUACGAGUUGGUGUCGCGCAAUCGGCCAAUGGAAAUCUCAGGAAAAGUGCGCUUUAAAGAACUCUCAGUGAAUCAAUUCGUCGGCCCCAUCGACAACGUGGACGUCGGUCAGAAGUUGAGCAAUGCUUUGACUACUCACAGUAGUCAGACGUGCACGUGCCAACUUUCCGCUCAAGGAAACGUCUCCAUAAAACACCUCAUCGUCAACGAUUCCUUGGCGGAGGUGCCCAUCAGUGACUUGAUGUACACCGACGAUUCAUUGCAGUUAACUGAAGGCACAACUGCGGUUUUCAAACAAGGAUUAACGAUUGAUCGGUCGUUUUUUACGGAUAAUGCGGAGUUCAGAGGAAAUACUAAAAGUUGUUCACCUGUGAAGGUGUACAAGAGUCUCAAGAGCUACACAUCAAUGACAUCACCCGAAGAAGUGCGACAAAUACGAUCCGCCGACAACAUGCGUGUGACCGGAAACUGCCAAGUGGACAUGCUAAACGGAUUCUCUGCCAACGAACUUCCGCACGGUUUGGUCCGGAAAGACAUUAGUUCGCCGCAAUACGUCAGUAGCGUGCAUUUCCACAAGGGCUUUCACGCGGAAAAUUUGAAUGUAACAACAGUCGGUGACGUUCAAGAUGUGCCCUCACUUUUGGAUCAACUGUGGGAUCCUGAAGAUGAAAUGAAGCCCCUGAGAAACUUGCAAAUUGAAGGGAAAUGCAGUAUCAAGAAACUCAUUGCCAAAUUGUCCAAUAAUGUUACAAUCAACGGAAGAAACCUGUCGGCGGAAGCGGCGAAUUUAGUGUCACCGACUGAACGUGAAGUUCUGAUUCAUCAGCCAUCCACAUUCAAAAACCUCACAUGUAAACAGGCGGAAAUAUCCGGGUCGUUGAAUAAUAUUUCAUCGUUGGACGACAUUAUUCGGAAAAAUGACUCAAGAGUCAUCUCGGAGCCGCUCACUUUCGCAAAAGGCCUAACUGUGAAGAAUCUGGAAGCUACCAUGUUGAACAAUUGGCCAUUCAAACAGAAGCUGGAAAAUUUGUUGACCAGCGACAAAGUACAAAAAAUUCCAGAACUUCGCACUCGGGAAAACGUCAAAAUAGGAACGCUCUGCGUGAACAAGGGAAUCAACAAUUUGAAGCCAAAAGAAAUUGUCACGACUUCGGAAACGCAAAACGGAGAAAUGCCCGGAAACGUCAAAGUUCAAGGAACCGUCCAUGUUUACGGAAAUUGCGAGGUCAAGCGUAUCAACGACCAAGACGGAGACACUUUCCUAAGCGAUUACGUCACUGUCGACCGGGAAAUGACUUUCGACAACGUGGAAUUCACAGAGAAAUUCGAGCUGGGCAAGGAUGCAGAAAUUCAUGUCGCGGAUAUAAUCGACGAUUAUGACGAGACACCCGUAGAACAUUUAGUUCAAUACGAAAAACGUUUGGCGGGCAACGGCAACAUUCCGCAGACUCAAGCUCGCGAUGCUCUGAAAGCUUUGGAAAAUGAACUGGAAAGAAAGCGAACGGAAAUGGCUGAAAAGAAGGGAUGCGGCAUGAUGUCGAAAUUUGAGAUGCGAGACAUGUACAGAUACCAAGGGGGAGUUCGGAUGCUGCUCUUAAAACGCCCGAGUGGUUUAUCGCCCCAAAUCCUAAUGCACAAGGACACCAGUGCUGGGUUCUGCACUUCCCGGGAAACUGUGCACCUUUCCGUCGAGCCGCAAAAUCACAAACUCUUAUUUGUAGCGGAAUACCAAGGAACAACUUACGCUCAUCAUCCCCAAAGCGGCAACGUGUAUGGCAUCAAAGUGUCCACCAACGUCUUCGCGGAUAUGAGGGAGAAUUUCGUGCAACGAUGUUUCGGACCAGAAACUCACCGGUUCACCACAGUCAAGAGUUUUCCAGUUGCUGACGUUAAAUUUGCCGAAGAUCAGGUCAUUCGUUCGCCGAAGAAUGAAUCCAACGAUCAACCAUCGACAAGCUUGGCCGUCUCCUCAACUGGUUCUCAGUCACCCGAAGGCCUUUCGAGGAGGAAACGUACUUUGACGGAUUUGAAGCUGGAUCUCAAUUUGAGCGUCGGCGACGUUUCGUUCGUUGAGUGGAACAAUCGAAUCUUCGUCAUAAUUGGCUACAAAUACGACCAUGUUAAAGAUACGACGAGAUCUCAACUUGAUGUACUGGAAUACGACAACGCGAACAAUUAUUUUGUUCGAAAAUCUGACAUCUUCAUAGAAACUAACGGAGUGGAGUCAAUCGCCACUCUGUCAACCCCAGAAUACUUUUACUGCGCUGUCUGCAAUAAUUACGAUUCGGUCAACAAAACUGGCGUCUUGAAAUCUGCCAUUUAUCGAAUGGGAGUGAAGGACGAAAAGUUCGAGCUCAUGGUGGAAGUCGAAACGUACUUCUGCUCAAACGUCAUCGCAUUCAUGCUGCAACGUCCUGUGAUUAUAUUCGCCCAACAUCACGCCAACACAAAAGAAGGAAAUCCAUUUUCAAAGAAUCCGCUCGUGUACCAAUUGGCGCAUCCUGAAGACAUCACCGAUCCGUCCAUGCCGUUUGUCGUUAGCAAACUGAAACAUUCCGUUGCUGUGAACAAUAUGGCGUUCGUGAAGUUCAAAGGUCAAUCGUACGUCAUCGCGGUAUCGUCAGUGCAAAAGAAAUGCGUGAUUUACUUGGACAAAGGACCGGAGCAGUUCGUCAAGUGGCAAACGUUGGCAGUUCCUGAAGCAACGUCCGUAAUAGCGUUUCCUGAUAAGACGGGCGUAACCUUAUUCCUCACCACUCGCACAGCGUUGAUCUCGUAUCGAUCAUUCAUCCUUUGAAAUGUUACGAAUUGCUGAUUUUUUCCCUGUGAUGUUCGAUGUUUUACCUGGAAAGAAGUUAGAUAAAGAAUGUUAUUCCAAUGAGAA